AUGGGCUUCUCUAAGAUUUCUUCCAAAAUUUCUCACAAGUUUGUCAACAAGAGGAAAAACAGCUCCAGCAAGAAGGGAAAGAAAACCGCGUUCAGAGCAACGCUUCCUGAUAUUCAGGAACAACAGGAGCCAGGGAGCACCGGCUCGGCUACCAUCACACCCUCGACCACCUUCAAGUGGAUCGAGGAGGACGAAAGAGCAAAGAUGCCUCCUCUCAUCACGGAUGACAAUUCCGAGGCUCGCAGCGAGAGCAUGGCUUCCUCUGAGACGAGUGCCACCGUCGUCUCCAAGUGCCCCGCUGCCGCUCCAAUCAAGCGGUCUCACCUGUUGUGCUUCACGGCACAUUCUACCUUUACCAGGUGCCGCAACACCCACCAUUCCCUCCCGUGCAUGACUUGCAAGAGAGGGGGCUUCCCCCAUCUCUACAAGUGCACCUUCUGCUCCCUUCGCGUCUGCCGCGAGUGCAUGGGCACUCUCAACGGAUUCCCCGGCCAUUCCUUGCAGAUGCUCCUUCAGUAUCUCGGGGUCGAAGUGAACUGCCAUUGA